AUGAUUGAGACGGGGAGGGCCCGGGAGGACUCGCCCGGCCCCGGGGUCCCCUCGAGCCUGGGCGGCGCUCGUGACGGCCGCGCGUCCCGGCGCGGGGCUCCGCCAACGGCUGCAGCAGACGGUGUGGAGGGAGCGGCGGACAUGGCCUCGACCUCCAGGGCGGCCGAGCGUGAGGACGUGAGCCCCGGCGGGCUGCAGAAGGACGCCGCCUCCCCGGGGCCCGCGGCGGAGGCGGCGGCGACGGUCAGCCCGAAGGACGCCGCGUCCCCGCUGCGGGCGGUGGUGGUGUCCCCGCGGCCGGUGAAGGGGAGAGCGGGCCGGGAGGCGGCCCGGCGGCGGCUCCAGCUGCAGCGGGUCCGGGGCGAGGGCUCCGGGGAGGCGGCCGCCGAGGACGGGGAGCGGCACGUCGCCGAGGUGGCGGCCGAGGAGGCGCGGCCGCUGCCCCCCGGCUGCGCGAACCCCUUGCGGGCGAUGUGGCGCGAGCAGAGGGUGGCGCUGUUCUGCGACGGCGUGCUGCGCGGCUGCAAGGCAGAAGAUGCCGAUGAUGCUAUGAGCAAGUACCUAGCAGAACAGUUGAAGCUGAAGGACCGAUGGCUUGGGGUCUGGAAAGCUAAUCCUGAGCUGUUCUUUGAGAGAUAUGAAGACUCUUCCAUCCCUUUUGUUGGCAUACUAGUGGAGGUAACUUGUAAACCCCAUCAGAACUCUUCAUGUUUCAAAGUUACCGUUUCUGUUGCUGAGCCCUUUUCUUCCAACAUCACAAACAUUCCAAGGGACUUGGUUGAUGAGGUUUUGGAGGAAAUGGAGCACAGUGUUCCUCUCCUAGAAGUCUAUCCUAUUGAAGGACAAGUUGGAGAUGCACAGGCUAUUGCUCUGGCCUUGGAGGCUGUGAGAUUUUUUUAUGAUUUCCUUUGGAGAGACUGGGAUGAUGAGGAAAGCUGUGAGAACUAUACUGCCCUUAUUGAAGAAAGGAUUAACCUGUGGUGUGACAUACAGGAUGGAACAAUACCUGGUCCUAUCGCAGAGCGGUUUAACAGAACUCUGGAGAAAUAUAAAAGCAAGCGGGUUGAGCUCAUAGAGUACCAGAACAAUAUCAAAGAAGACCCGUGCGCAGCAGAGGCCGUUGAAUGCUGGAAAAAAUACUACGAGAUCGUAAUGCUCUGUGGAUUACUGAAGAUGUGGGAAGAUUUACGCCUUCGAGUUCAUGGACCAUUCUUUCCAAGGAUUCUGAGACGUAGGAAAGGAAAAAGAGACUUUGGAAAGACUAUAACACAUAUUGUAGCAAAAGUGAUGACGACUGAAAUGGUGAAGGACUUGUCUUCAGACACACUUCUCCAGCAGCAUGAUGAUUUGGACAUGGCUUUGGAUAGUUGCUAUAGUGGAGACACAGUCAUGAUCUUUCCAGGAGAAUACCAAGCAGCGAAUUUGGCUUCACUGACUGAUGACAUCAUUAUAAAGGGAGUUGGCAAGAAAGAAGAAAUUAUGAUUAUUUCGGAACCUUCUCGUGACAGUUUUGUGGUGUCGAAAGCUGAGAACGUGAAACUGAUUCAGUUGUCUUUGAUACAACAAGGGACAGUGGAUGGUAUUGUGGUGGUGGAGUCUGGUCACUUGACUCUAGAAAAUUGCAUAUUGAAGUGUGAAGGAACAGGAGUGUGUGUUCUUACUGGGGCUGCUUUGACGAUCACAGACAGUGAAAUCACCGGUGCCCAGGGUGCUGGUGUGGAGCUGUACCCUGGGAGUGUAGCCAUUCUGGAGAGGAACGAGAUUCACCACUGUAAUACCCUCAGAACGUGUGACAGUUCAAAAAGCACCUUAGGUGGAGUUAAUAUGCGGGUUCUUCCAGCACCCAGGCUGAAGAUGUCAAACAAUCACAUCUACAACAACAGCGGCUAUGGUGUGAGCAUCCUGCAGCCGUCCGAGCAGGUGUUGAUUGUAGCAGAAGAUGAGCUCAACAAAGCAGCUGCUUCAGGAGACAGGAAAGAUGACAACAUGCUCUCCAAUGUCAUGCACAACCUGAAUCUGGAAAUGAAUAAUAAUAAGAUAGAAGCAAACGUGAAGGGGGACAUUAGAAUAGUCACUAGUUAA